AUGGAAACCUAUAGUUGGUACAAUGUCACGGUGGUGUGUUUUGCAGCCUUCGGGUCUCUAUUCACCGGGUACUCUCUUGCCGUCUUCGCAUUCACUUUGGGUCAGCCGACCUUCUAUUCCUCGCUCGGCCUUGAACAAGAUCCUACGGUCCCCGGGUAUAGCCACACCAACGACAUCAUUGGGGCGUCAAAUGGGGUGUUUUUCGGCACUGGCUUCUUUGGUUGCUUUUUGGCGGGCUGGGCGGGAAACCGCUUUGGAAGAGUCAAUGGUUUUCGUAUCGCUGCCAUAACUGGAAUUAUUGGUGGUGUACUCCAAUGUGCAUCACAGUCACCAGCGAUGUUCUUGGUCUCACGAGCUGUAGCUGGUUUAGCAGCAGGCCACACGAUGGCCGCGAUGCCAACAUAUUUCACUGAAGUAGCCCCCCCUCAUUCUCGGGGUUUGAUAACCGGUGCACACGGUAUCUUCAUCAACGUCGGGUAUUGUAUUGCAGGAUGGAUAGGAUUUGGAUGCUAUUUCACUCCUGAUUCUGAGUUUGCGUGGCGGUUCCCCUUCGCAGUUGUCAUAAUCUGGGCUCUUUGCCUCCUUGCAGGAUCAUUCUACGUUCCGGAAAGCCCAAGAUUCUUGGUUCAGCACGACGAUCAUCAGAAAGCACUCGACAUCCUAGUCCGACUACAUCAUGAUCCCAACGAUCCCAACAACACCUUUGCACACCAAGAGUUGGAGAUGAUUGUGCAGCGAUGGCAGGCGGAGAAAGAAGUUGUCAGAGUUGAUGGGAGGUGGAGAUUGUUCACGAAGAAGGCUAACCGUCAGAGACUCGUGCUUGCAUGGCUCGUCAUGGCUGGGGGCCAGAACAUUGGCCCUCUCGUCAUCAACAACUACAAUGUCUUGCUCUACGGCUCACUCGGGCUAGGGCCUACCACCUCCCUGCUACUUUCAGCUGUUUAUAAUACCGUGGGUUUCAUUAUAUCUUGCAUCGGUGGCUUGAUGGCGGACCGUCUGGGUCGGAGGAAGUCUAUGAUCACUGGAUAUGUGUUGAUAACGUGUGUUUUUGCGACCUUGACUGGAAUGAUUGCAAAAUACAACAAUAAUCCAACAAAGAGUUGGGCUGUCGGUGCCACAGUCAUGAUCUACUUAUUUGUGGUUUGUUAUAACUCAUUCAUUGAUCUCAACCAGUUUACCGUGGCAACCGAGAUAUUUCCGACCCAUAUUAGGAACCAAGCAUCGGCUGUGGCUAUCAGUGGCCUUUUUCUAGCAGAUAUCCUCUGGCUAAACCUCUUGCCUACUGCCACAGCAACCAUCGGCUGGAAAUAUUACCUGAUCUUUGUGUGUCUAGCUGUGGUACACACUAUACAUCUAUUCUUUAACCUCCCGGAGACUGGUGGUUGGCAUCUGGAGGAGAUGGACUGUGCGAUGGGUGGUGGUGACGGUCUUUCCCAAGACGGGAAAAUCGAUAUAGGCGCGGAGAGAGGAGAUUCAAACCAUGUUGAGGCUACUACCAACAGUAUCCCGAUGGAACGAAAGCAGGACAUGUAA